AUGUGGGUUCAAUUGGUUCGGCACCUUGCAGAGCGACAGACACCAGGCUUCCCCAAGAAUGGCUACGGUGCUUAUUACACCAGAGAGGCGCUGGCCGCCAAGGACGCCGCCACUGCAGUCCCUGAUCUCGGCCUCAUCGACUAUGUGCUGAAGGAGCUCGCGGAAUACCUAGGAAGGUCGCAGCCCUCCCACAAUGACUUCCAAGAGCUGCAGGAGGUGUUCUGCAAGACGAACCUGGAACUGCAGGGAAUCCACUCCGUUCGUUGGCUGAGCCGCGGCGAUGCCAUCGCGCGCUUGGUGCGUGUGCUCCCUGCCGUCAUCGUGCUCCUGUGGGAGUGGGAAGACGACUUCUACCACAUUGUGACUUCAGUGAAGUUCAAUGUGUAUCUUCACUACCUCGCCGACAUGCUAGAGCUCCUCAACAGCCUCAACCUUGAGUUUCAAAGGCGGGAGGUCGACAUGACUUCGGUGCAGUCGACCGUGCGCCGCACCCUGAUCACCAUCCGUACGCGCUACAUCGAGUGCAGCGGCGAUGACUUUGGUGGCGGCCCGCAGCUACAUCUCGGGGCCUUCCUAGCCAGGCUCAAAAAGUCCCCGAAAAUCACAGUGGCAGGUGUGGACAAGGAGGGGGAGAAGCGACAACAUAGCUUCGACCUGCACGAGGAGGCAUUGACGGGCUACAGCAAGACCCCGGAUGACUUGCAGUCAUGCCUCGACGUCUGCUGCCGCCACGCCAAUUCGACGCUCACCCACCUCCAGAAGAGGCUGGGGGAUCUCGACAGCCUGAACGGUGUCCGGCUUUUCAUGCCAGACACGUACCCUGAAGACAAGGAGGGACGCGCUGAGGAGUGCCGCGAGCACCUCGAGACUCUCGUCAACUUGUUCCAUGCCCGCGAGCGCGCAGACAUUCUCCCGGUUGUGGAUUUGUGGCGCAGCAGCAAGAAGAGGAGGCCUAUUAAGAGAAGGGAGCAGCAGAGGAAGGCGGGGAAGGGGAACGGCUUGGAGGACGGACAAGAAGCAGAUACUGAACAUGGCAGCGGCAGCAGCAGCGACAGUGGGUUUAGUAGCAGCAGCGAAGAUGAUGAUGAGGAGGAGGAGGGCUAA